AUGAACGUCUUCCGCAAGAAGGCAAAGGCGAAGGAUGAUGCCUACAUCAUUCCGCCAGCGCUGCCCUCAGAUCCGACGUCACUGGCAAAGAUGUCUCGCAGUCUCAAACGAAAGCAGAAAUCGGUGCCGGAGCCGAAGCCUGAAAUCGAUCUUACCACGGCUCUGCCCGAUACCAACGAUUUUCGGACCAGCUUACUUAUGCCCGGCCUCUCUGCUCGCUUCAGCAUGCUUCGGGAACAAGAUGAUCCUAGUACCCUCGUCGGCAAGGCCAGCGAUGACAGUGUUCUCUUUCCAAAACGCGCGUCGCGCCUGAAUCUUUUCUCCCAUAAUCCUUUGACAGAUAUUGCCGAAGUCAGUUCAAUCCAUACGACAAUCAGGGCCCCCUUCGCCGAGGCCGAACGCUCUCAUUCUUUCACCGAAGGCGCCGGCUAUGCCAGUGACGAUGCCGGGAGUGUUGUGGCCAGGUCAAGGGCGACCGAGGGCAACAAUCUCUUUGGUGGCCGCCAAAAGAUGUACAGAAUCGGAAACGCUAGCUCCUCAAGAGACUUGAUUGAAGGGGCCGCCCCUGUUGCAACUUCAAGGCACCUGUACCAGGAUGAUGUGGCGCGGCCGACUUACCCAGACGUGGCUUUCAAAGGUCGCGAAGAUCCAGAGCGAGGCGAAUACCAGGAACGGCCAAUCAGCGUUGCUACCGAAGAACAUGAACAGAGCAGCGUAGUCAACACUCCAUCUACUGGCUUCAGCAAGAGCAGAGGGACAGCCUCGUCUACCGCUUCAGGCCCUUCCAAUCGUCGCACUUCGACGGCUGCUACGUCGGUCAUCUCCGACUCCCCUGUCCCCCGGCAGAGCAAUGCCAGCUCCGGGUCCAACUCCCGGAUGCGGGCGUCUGACUUUGGCAGCGAGGGAAGCGUGUUGAGGCACACCUCGUCCUCGGACUCUCGCAAACCUGGCCAUGUCUCCGAGACCCAGGACCAGCCUCCUCUGCCGGCGUCCCCGAUAACCAAACGCCAGAUCUCGUUGUCAAGAAGUGCGACCAAUUUGUCGGAAAAGCAUGUUGCAGGAGAAUCCCCCUUCUCAACCCGCGGCCCGCGAGAAGCCAGCCCACCUCCCGCAAGACAAAGGCAUAUUUUGGCCCCAUUGGACAUGGGGCUAAGUGCCACUAAGAGCCAGUUGCGAAGGUAUCAAACUGCCUCCCCUACAUACCAUAAUGAAGAUAGCGACGUGUACCAUCAGAGCCUCGAACCCAAUGAUCGUGGCAAGGCCACAGCCAUGGGGCUGUUCAAUCGACCUCGUCAGCAAUUUGACGAACAAAAAUUUGAAGAGCGGCAGUUGCAGAUGCAUGAGGGCAAGACGGCACCAUCUGCCAACAACAAUCUGGGGAACAGGGGGACCUCGGAGCAGUCGCAUGAGACAGCCCAAAUGACUGCAAGUGUUCCGUCCUCUCCCUUGCACAGCAGUUUCCAUUCCUCGAACGUCAACCGAUCGCGGGCGCAGUCGAGUGCCUCAUCCGUCAAUCCCGCACAAGUCCAUGCUAAAGUCGAAGCGCUCAUCAAGCGCCAGAACCAAGAGUACACGGCGCUUCGGGCCCCCAAAUCCGAGCCCACAUCAUCAACUGCCCCAUUGCCCAAGCCAACGAAUCUCGCGAGUCAACAUGCUGCAUCUCGAGGCACGUUCCUCGACACUUUCGACGGCAGCGAUGACGAUGGAGAUGAGCUUGAUAGUCCAAUGUUGGGGCGUUACGAACCACCACCGCGCCUCGUUCCCUUGGACGUGCACCCAGCGCUCCGGGAUGGUUCACAAACAUUCGACUUCGGAGGGCAAGUGACGGUCGGCCCCCAAAUAACGCGACCACACUCAAAUGCUUCAGUCGACACCUCUCCUUCGGCCGUGCAUGAUACCCCGGACACGACCACGGAUUCGUUGCACCGCUCUUCCGACACCAAAGCAUCGGGUUCUCCUACCAUUGAGCCUACCACGGGAUUAGGGUUGAGUGGGUUAAUCCAUACUCACCUGCGACAUGAUAGUGACAGGUCGUCGCUGCUGCCUCCCCCGUCACCAGCACCUCGGAAACAGCCCAGUGGGUUCCCAGGCUUUCGUGAGCGAGAACCCUCGGUCGCCUCCACAGCUCGCACCAUCAAUCCUCCUGAAAGCACACAUAGUGACCCUUGGGAAUUCGACACUACGCAUCGACCACCGCGCAGUCCUUUCGACCCCCCUAUCAAUGACCCGACUUUGGUCAUGUCGCAGAAGGCGCAACAAAUCCUGGGCCAAGCUAUCUCGCACCGAAGCCAUGCUGCAGACAAGGCUCAACCAACCCGAGGCAGUGACCCUUCGCCAAGUGAUGAGCACGUACCGAGUCAACCGUGGCAAAACAACGCAAUGUCCAGUCAUCAGCGUGGAGAGAGCACCGAGACGCAGAAAGAGUUUGGCAAUGAGCUUGCCGAACGUGCAAGGAAAAUCCAAGAGGGCUUGAAGGGCGUUGCAGAGGCUGAAAAACGAUCUCGUAGUCCAAUACCAGGAUACGACCGCCAAAACCCCGCCGCCCAGGCGUUACAAGUUCUCCGUCAUAAAGCAAGCAAGGCCUCUCUUACUCCAAGGAUCAACGAGUCUCAACCGAAAGCCAUGAAGAUGCUCGGGCUUGCCGGGGUAUCCAAACUGGAAAUGGGUGGGCAGUCACCAAAUGUGGGAGCUCGAGGCAAUUUUGCAUUCGAGCACGGCUAUGAUGACUAUCACCCCAGUUUGACCCCAAGAGAGCACGCGGGUGACUUCGGGUCUCCCAGCGGGCGACAGACACCAGGCUUUGGACGACCGGCGCCCUAUGCCAACCGACCGCAAGCAGAUUUUGACCGCUCGCGGCAGCGUUCUGCCACGCCUACUUCUGGGCGGGGACCAAGACAAGAACGAAAUGAACCUGCACCUGGCGAGAGAUCACGCAGUCGCGCUGGUCGGCACCGUGAAGAGCAGCCAUUCGCCGCAACAGACCGAGGUAGGCGUGGCCCACCGCCCGCUAGAGAGCAACAACGUUCUCACGUCCUUCCCCAGGGACCAGCCUCUCAACACAGUCCGCGAGUCCCUUAUGCUGCCCAACGCGGGCCACCUCCGGUCGAUCCGCGCAACUAUGAGAGAUCUGCUUCGGCGAUGUCAAACCGGCGCCCGAGUGGGACUACACGGCCUGAGCCAUCUGGCUAUUUUGAUGGUCGAGCUGUGACGCCUGCAAUGGCCGGUACUCCCCAGCUUGCAAAUGGCCAGACGCAACCUACCGUGAACCUACCGAGGCCCUCUCCACGUCCACCCUUCCCACACUCUCCAAUGAGCCCUUUCGGUCAGCCUGGCUUGUCCCCGGCCCUGUCCGGUCCUCCCUCUGCCGCGCAGUCUGCUCUUCCAUCCCCGGUUGGACCCCUCCCUGCGCCGCCUAAUAAUGGACGUUCAACGCCGGUGGAAGGCCGAUCCACUCCUGCAGGAGCCCGCAAGAAGUCUGUCACAAAAGGAAUGAUUUCAGAACCGACCUUCAUCUCCAGCACUUCCUCCAUACCGCUCGUUGGUCUUCCCAGAGGCCCGCGGCCCAGCCAGAUUGCAUCUCCUCCGAUCCCUGCAAUGAACCCGCGCCGUCGGGGCAAUACCAUGUCUGAGAGACCGGAUGCUCACAAAAGUUUGCACGUGACUCAAUCUCCCACGGUUUUGAUGCCCGAGUCCCAAGACCAACGUGCCUUGGUGGAUCAGCAGCAACAAAAACCUGCCCCACGUCAGCGAAACCGCUUAAGGAAGACUAGCAGUGAGGGCGGCAGUAUGGCAGCACGAGCCAGACAGCAAGCCAUGAUGUCCGAAUUUGGGCAUGAGAGACUUCGAAGUCCCGCGUUACCUGUCUUCCCCAACCGAAGUGCCACUUCUUUGGGUGUGCACCAAGAUGGCGGCAUGUUCUGA